AAAUGGGGAAUGGAUUUAUUGAAGACUAGAGUCCUAACAGAGUAAAUACUCACGUUUGUGCCACAGGAUAUUUCCCUCUGUUUUUUUUUUCCUGUAGGAAGGAGCUUUGCUGUUAGUUAGAAAGCAACCUUGAGGCGGGUUGUUAAAAAUGCCUGAAGUGGAGGAACGAGACAAAUUAGCCAAAGUCAUCAGACAGUGGAACAAUAACAGACUGGACCUGUUUGAAAUUAGCCAACCCGAUGAGAACCUGGAAUUUCAUGGUGUGAUGCGGUUCUACUUUGAGGAUCCUGCUGGAGGCAACGUGGCCACAAAGUGUCUGCGUGUCUGCAGCAACUCUGUGACUUGUGACAUCAUUGAAAUGCUGUCAGAGAAAUUCAGGCCUGACAUGAAAAUGCUGACCACUAGUUACGCCCUGUAUGAAAUCCACACCAAUAAAGGAGAACGCAAACUGGAUCUGAAUGAGAGACCUUUAGUUGUGCAAUUAAAUUGGCAAUCAGACAACAGAGAAGGACGUUUUGUGCUCAAGAAAGACAAGGACAGUUUGGAGGAAAAGUGCCAGGAGAAAGAGAAAGGAGGCUUGAUACAAAACUUUAAGAGGACACUGUCAAGAAAAGGAAAGAAGAAAGAGAGGAGUAAUAAUACAGAUGACAAGGUUUCAGAGGAUGAGGAUGGGCCCGCUGAAAAUUCGCUGAACAAUGACAGCAUUUCCUCGUCUAACCUUGAGGCACAAAAGUAUUGCACAGAAAAGAACAAAACACAGAGGCAGACUUUUAUGGAUCAACCUGGAUUACCGAUUACCAUUCAGUUCUCUGAUAACUCUGCAGAACCCUUCCUGUCUGCAGUUAUAAAUUACACCAACAGCUCCACAGUUCACUUCAAGCUCUCACCUGCGUACAUCCUCUAUGCUGUGUGCCGGUUUGCUCUACAACGCCAUUACAGUCAAGGCUCUCCACCCUCAGGCCGUGCACACAGUGUAACCUCAAUCAGUAAGAAAAUGGUGGCGAUGACAGGGACGGUCAUCCAGAGGCAGCAGACCAUUGCUGGGGCUCUUGCCUUCUGGAUGGCCAACUCCUCAGAGCUGCUAAACUUCCUCAAGCAAGACCAAGACCUCAGCCCACUGACACAGCAGAGCCAGCUGGAUCUGUCCCACCUGGUGCACAAAGCCUACAGCUGUCUGCUACAGUGUCUGCAGAAUGAGUUAAGGAAACAUUUGCCAACUUUUCUGAUUGAUCCUGAGCAAUAUGGCUCACUGCCAGCUGGUAUAGAACUGGUGCUUAGCACCUUGAUGAACACCAUGGCUCUGUUGCGCCGCUGUCAGGUCAACCCUGCCCUCACCAUCCAACUCUUCUCCCAGCUCUUUCAUUACAUCAGCAUCUGGCUUUUCAAUCAGGUCGUGAGCCCAGAAGCCAGCACCCCAGGCCUACGCUCCCACUACUGGGGAGCUGCUCUCUGCCAGAGGCUCACAGCCAUUGAAGCCUGGGCAGAGCGACAGGGUCUGGAGCUGGCUGCUGACUGUCACCUGGGGCACAUCAUCCAGGCAACCACCCUCCUGACCAUGAACAAGUACUCAAAGCAGGAUGCGAAGGACAUCCAGACUACCUGUUUCAAGCUGAACUCUCUGCAGCUGCACAUGUUGCUAGCUGGCUACCUCUAUGCACCCAAUGAGCCACACAUCCCCCCUGAUCUGAUCGAUGCUGUAGUGACAGCUGCCGAGGCCUCAGCAGAUAACCUGAUUCGAAGCGAAGGACGGGACAUCCAGCUGGAGGAGAGCCUUGACCUCCACCUGCCCUUCCUGCUGCCAGAGGGAGGAUACUCUUGUGACACUGUCAGAGGAAUCCCUCAAGGAUUUAGAGAGUUUUUGGAGCCAAUGUGCCAAAAAGGUCUCUGCUCUUUGACAUCCCAGUCAAACUCCAAAGGAGACUGGACCAUUUAUUUCAGUGAAUCUGCCCUGCCUGAAGAAAGCACAUAUUUGGCAGCACACAGACAGCCAGAGAUUAUGACGAUCACAUUGAACAAACCUUUGAACAGUGGGAUGGGAGUCAGCAUUGUGGCUGCCAAGGGAGCUGGGCAGUGUACCCUCGGGAUCUAUAUUAAAUCUGUCGUCAAGGGAGGACCAGCUGAAAUGAAUGGCCAGUUAACUGCUGGAGACCAGCUGCUCAGUGUGGAUGGUCAAUGCCUGGUUGGCCUCAGCCAAGAAAGGGCUGCAGCAAUCAUGAUGCAAACUGGCCCCAUUGUGACCUUACAGGUUGCAAAGUUUGCAGCCAGCUGUCACGGCCUCGGAGCCCUGCUGAGUGAACCCAGCCCAGAGAAGACUGCAGUCUCACAAGGGGAUAGACACCAUGCUAUGCAGUACAGCAUAGUGAACCACAGUCCCUCAGAGCAGCUCCAUGCAGGCAGCAAAAGGAAGAAAGACCAGAUAAUGCAGAGAAACAGACAACUUUAUCGCUCCAACCCCAACAUGACUGCAGAUUUUUGCCUGGAGGAUAGAGAUAAACCUGUUGACCCUUCCACAGGAAACAACACUGCUUCUGUGUCCACUAUUAACCUUUGCACUAAUACAUUUCAGUGGGAGUACUUGACUCUACCAACCCCUAGAUCCCAGGACAGGAAUGUGUUUGAAUCCAGUCGUCCGCAGAAAACUUUCCAUGUCUCUUUGAAACCUUUAGCUGGACAGAGCUCCAAUACGUCUCUAACCUUCAUGCGCCAGGCCCUCUCUCAGGAGAACUUGUGUAUGGACAGUGGAGGCCCCCUGCUGGACAAAAAGCAGAGCAAGUGGACACAGAAGGAUCAGGGUGCAAAGCAAACUGAGAACUACUGCACGUCUUUCCCAAUCCGUUCUUGUCUUUCUACUCAUGAUAUCCUCUCUAAUAACAGUUCUCCCACAAAACAACAACAGGGCAGUCGUGUAAGCUGUGCUGGUGUCUGGAGAACGCCCUUUUCACAACACACAACACCCACACCUUCAAUCCAGCCGAUACGCAUCGACAUGCCCAUAACCAGAGUGGUGAGCCCACAGUUGAAUCCUCCACUCACCACCUUCCAGCAGAGUUCUUCAUUACUGGCAGUGAAAAUGAGCCAAACUCUUCAAGUCAAUGGACACAAACUGAGUCCUCAAAGCCAAGCUAGUAGUACUCAUGCAUGUCCAGUAUCUCCAACUAAGAAGCUACCUCGGCCCUCACUUUCAUCAAAAAACUUCAGCACACACACAGAUCAAGCAGCAAAACCUCAAGUGAGCAUCACUCCAACAAAACACGUUUCCUUCCAAGAACCUCCCUCUCAGCAGAAAAAGAACACAGGUCCUAUGAAGCAGAAAGACCCCCAGGAGAUGUUUGACCCAUGGAGGAGAGAAGCCCAGGAGAAGCUAGAGAAGCAGCAGAGGCUUGAGGCGUUGGAGCUCCUGCAGCAGGAGGUGCAAGAGCUUCAGGCUAAAGCCAGGCGCACAGCAGAGGAGAACGACCGACUCCGAAAGCUCAACCUGGAAUGGCAGUUUCAGAAGAGGCUGCAGGAAUUUCAGCAGGGCGGAAAUGACGAGGAAGAAGAUGAGGAUUUGGACAUGAUGGUGAUGAUACAGCAGCUGGAGAAAAGCACGUCACAGGCCAAGAACAACACAAGAAACUCCGGUGGGAAGGACAAAAUGGAAAAGCAGACAGGAACUCACCUCUUCAAAAAGGAAGAUGAAGAAACAAGAGCUCGGAGACCAAGUGGACUAAAUCAUGAUGCUCAUGAAACAGCAUCAAAAGAAAACCAGGAUGAGAAAGUCAAGAGAGUGCCGGCUCCUGAGAAACUCACAUUCAAGGAGCGUCAACGUCUCUUUUCCCUCACGUCCAGUGCAUAAAGAAGGCUUAAACGGAAACCUCAGAAGACA